GUGGUAGGGGGUAGUAGUGGUGGUAGACCCAUGAUGGCCGCUAAACACCGCAGGUCUGCUGAAGAAGAGAGAAGCAGCAGGAAUAAGAAACAUGGAGGUGGUCAGCGGGAGGUCACCAGCAGCAGGUCACCCAGGGAGGAGGAAGUCAGGUCACCAUCACCUGUAGUGGUCAUAGUGUGUGCGAUUUGUCAAUUCUUUGGGGUCGUUCACAGUGUCCCAUUAGCCACCAGUUUGAGUAAUGAUAGACACUUCUCACACCUCUCUAACCUGGAACGAGCAAUGAUCAGAACAGAAAUGGGUCUGUAUUACUCCUAUUACAAGACAUUGGUUAAUGCUGAUUCCUUCUUAGUGGGAUUAAAUCGUCUAAUGCAUGAUAACUUGACCGAAUAUCCAGAGACCAUAAAUACUCUGCAGAGGUUUAAUCUUUACCCAGAGCUUGUUCUUGGUGGUACAUACAGAAUUUUUAAUGCAGUGACAUCAUGGUUGGGUUUAGAGAUGCGUGUGUGUUGGCAGGUCAGCAGAGGAGGAGGACUUGCCCCUGUUAUCAGUUGUGAGGGUCUUGGUGACCCUGCUUACUGGUAUUUAGCAGGAGUUUGGGCAAGUGCUGGUCUCACAGCAGCAUUCCUCUUUAUUCAAGGUACUGAGCUUAGUGGUGACCUUCUUGGAGGCUUUCUCACCAUUAUUUGUUUCUUCUUUAACCAUGGGGAAGCUACACGUAUACAGUGGACCCCGCCUUUGAGAGAGAGCUUUGCUUUUCCAUGGAGUAUCGCUCUAAAUAUUGCUGUAACUCACAUUAUACGUGCUCCACGGCCAGUUUGGUCCCGCCCUAUCCUGCUUGGCUCCCUGACCUUGGCAUACCUCCUGUGCUGGCAAUUUGCUCAGUUCACCUUAGUGGCUGUGGUUGGAAUAGUAUAUGCUAUGUAUACAAUAGGUAUUAUUAACCCUUUGCCAAUGUUGUUGAUACUUCUAGGGAUAUCUUAUGGUUUUCUGAAUAAUGUGGUGCUGCAGUUUGGAAAUACAUUGCUGGUUACAUCACCUUUAGCUGGGUGUCUGCUGGGAGUCUUGCUGUUGUAUCUCUUUAUGGAGCCCAUCAUUCAGCAUUUGCCAUUCCCUACCAACAUGGGUGUCCAGUUAGCAUUCCUCUUUGUUUCCUGCACAGCCUGUAAGCUCGAGUUAGCACGAAUAUUUGGUAUUGAAGAUGACGCUCAUAUAGUUAACAUACUUAAGGCCAAAUUUACUAAUUACUCGGAUUUCCACACUCUUCUCUAUACGUGUUCCCCCGAGUUUGACUUCCUUCCCCAAGAAUCAUUGUACAAAAUGAAUGAAACACUUUUGAUUCCGUGUGUUUUUCUGGUUGGAGGAGCUGUAUUAGUAAAUACCCUUACCAAAAUUAAAAAUAACAUGAUACAAAGAUUAGAUGAAGAAAGUGAGGCGGUAAAAACUUCCUUAUGGUCUAGUGUUGACCCUGGGGUCAUGUUUAAUGGUGCUAUGUUAGCUGUGUAUGCUCUGAUGGCUGGUCUCAUAAUGCGCUUGAAACUUUUUCUGACCCCUCAGUUGUGUGUUGUUACUUCAUUGCUUGCUUGUAAGAAGUACUGGAAAAUAAUAGAAAGAAAGGAAAUCCAUCUUGCAAUUUUAGCAGUGCUGGUGAGUGGAAUGUGUGUGAGAGGAAUCAAAAAUAUAAAUGAACAGAGAUCCAUAGUUGGUGAAUACAGCAACCCAGAACUGGAAGAACUGAUUGAAUGGGUUCAGUCUGAAACGCAUGAAGAUGCUGUGUUUGCUGGCCCUAUGUCAACUAUGGCCAAUCUUCUUCUCUCCACACAGAGACCUAUAGUUAAUCAUCCUCAUUAUGAACAUGCAGGUCUUAGAGAAAGGACUAAGAAAGUGUAUAGUAUUUUUAGUCGAAGAUCUGCAGAAAGUGUGUAUGAAACCCUUCUCUCUAUGAAAGUGAACUAUGUGGUGCUAGAAGAGUCGUGGUGUAUUCGCAAAAGUCGACCAGGGUGUGGCAUGGUUGAUGUUUGGGAUGUUGAGGAGCCACAAAAUAGACACAAGCCAUCACUUUGUCCACGAUUGUUCCACAGAAGUCCAGCCCCGUUUCAUCGAGUUUUUGCCAAUGAUAUUUUUGUGGUGCUUCAAGUUCCUUCACGCUAUGUAGAAAUUCCUCCACCUAGAUAUCACAGUGCGUAAGAGAAAUAUCAAAAAUAGAUUAAGACAUGAUUCAUUGCACAUUGUCAUUUUCAUUGUAUCAGUUGUAAAUACCGAAAUGUGAAAAAGUAUUAUGAGGGGCAAAAGUUUUUUAGAUAAGGUCCCUGUUGUAAAGGAAGGUGUUUUUGUAAGUUAGAUUUUUACAACAGUCAAGGCCAAUUAAAAGUGCAACUUCAUUACACUUAUUGUAAAUUUUGUAAGUACUGUCUGGUACUCUAAUUGUAUUCUGGGCCAUUCAAAAUCUUUCAAGUUUUUACUUUGGUAUAAAUUUUUUUUUUAACACAUAGGCUGUUUCCCAGCGAAACAAAAGGUGACCUGAAAAGGAAGGAAACACUUUCAUAAAGUUUUUCUUCUUAUUUUUAGUAAUUUAUACAGAAGGGAUUAUUUGGUAUAAAUAGUUGCAAUAAAUAUGAAAUACAGUGCUGUACCUGUAGUAGAAUAUUUCAUUACAAGUUGUUUUCAUUAAAAUUUGAAAAUAAUAUUUUGUGUACAAUUUACAAACCAUUUAUUACAAUGUCUUUAAUUACAUAUACCAAAUGGUUUUAAAAUUAAUUGGAUACAUAUAGCAUGCCUGUGUUGUUAUUAAUUGGGCAUUACUUUCAGUGCAGCUUUUGUGAUUAUUACAUUUUUUUAUUUGUUCCAGUAGUCUCAAUUUUAUAUCCUCUGGCUGGCUAAACAGAUAUUUGACUUUGUCAUAUAAUGGAUAAGAGAAGGUUUUAUUCCUGUUUAUAUACUGACUUCUUUGAUAUUAAAAAAGGACUUUGUUAGUUUCUUCUUUUAUUAAUCAUUGCCUUUGUUCUUUCUGAUGCUGUGAUAUAAGCUGAAUUUAAUCAUAUUGACUGAAAGUUUCUGUAAGUGCUGCAAUAAUCCAUACAACCUAAAUAGCAUGGAUUACUCAGCACCUACUUAGUUAAAUUUGUGCAAAACAACUUAAAUCUUCAUUGAACAAAACUUCUCAGGUGUGCUUUACUAAGUACCUACUUGGGACUUAAUAAACAAUGCCCAAUGAGGGAGUGUCUUGUUGAGUCUCAUGUAUAUUUAUCAUCAGUUUGUCUUUCCAUUGUACAUAAAAGUUGAUGAGGUAAUAAAAUAUUAAAAAUUUUUCA